GAGAAAGCAGCCAAACAUGAGCUGAAAAUCGCAGAUCCCGUGAAGGCGAGGCUGAGGCUUCGCACUGAUUAGAGUCAAUGGCAGAUUACACCGUGCCUUUUGGAAGAGAUGCAGAUUUUAGGAUUUCGGCAGGUUUCCAAAGUCACUCAUCAUUAUCCAACGGACGGCAUAUUUUACGCAGACCAACGGAUUGAGGAAAACGAUUCAUGGGAUUGAGGAUAACGACUCCGUGGGGGUUUAAGUGUUUCGACAAAAGAUUAUGCAAUUCGUUAAUAUUCCAGAUGUAAUCAUCCUACCACUCAAACUAUUUGAACUAAUUUAGGCCGGAUCAUUCUACUUUUUCAAAGAAAAUGGCUGAAAUCUAUUUAUUCCAAAGUUAUCCAACAGUUGUUUAGUUAGAAACGAUGCGAAUUGUGCACAGGUAAUUUCUUGGAGGAACAUUUACCUGGUUUUCUGUCGUAUUGGGAUGUUGGCAGAGGCAGAGUCGGGUUCCACAGGGAGACACCGCAAUCCAGGAGCAGCAUAGAAGAAAAACAUGCAGUCCAUUGACCCAUGGAGACAUGGCAUAUAGGUUUAUCUCAAGCCGAAUCGUGCCAUCUUCAAAUAGGUUGAGCAAACGAUUUAUUUUUAUAUUCACCAUUUCAUUGUCCUUCACAUAUUUAUGCUACAGCAUAAUUUUUUGUUGUGGUACAAUCAUGCCAACCCAGAGUAAUGAGGAAAAAAGGUGCCUCCAUCACAAGAAUGUAGGCAGCAAAAAACUUCUGCAAAAAGAUUGCACCGCGGACAGGAGGACUGCUCUGGAUGAGACUUUAAACGUGGCUCUCACUCACCAAGGAUCAAGUCAUGAUCGCAACCAAAAUAGAAAUUCUGCCUUGCCCAUCACUCACAAACAGAGUAUUGCCUCAUCCGAAUAUAAUAUUACUGUCGCACAGAAAUAUGGAAACAAAAAGUUACCUAACGCACUAAUCGUCGGGGUGAAGAAGGGGGGCACCAGGGCGGUGCUGGAGUUCAUUCGAAUUCAUCCAGAUGUGCGCGCGCUUGGAACAGAGCCCCACUUUUUCGAUAGAAACUAUGACAGAGGAUUGGACUGGUACAGAGGACUAAUGCCACGGACUCUAGACAGCCAAAUCACCUUGGAGAAAACCCCUAGCUACUUUGUGACACGAGAGGCUCCCAGACGUAUCGCCAGUAUGUCCCCCAACACCAAGCUGAUUGUGGUGGUGCGUAACCCAGUCACCAGGGCCAUCUCAGACUACACACAGACUCUGUCCAAGAAGCCAGACAUCCCCACCUUCGAGGAGCUGGCCUUCCAGAACCGGAGCCAAGGUCUGGUAGACACCUCAUGGAACGCUAUCCGUAUAGGGAUGUACAUCCUCCACCUAGAAUACUGGCUGCAGUACUUUCGCCUCUCCCAGAUCCACUUUGUGAGUGGCGAGCGGCUGAUCACGGACCCGGCGGGGGAGCUGGGCCGCGUCCAGGACUUCUUGGGUCUCAAACGCAUCAUCACAGACAAGCACUUCUACUUCAACCGAACCAAAGGCUUCCCUUGCCUGAAGAAGCCAGAGAGCAGCAGCCAGCCACGCUGCCUGGGCAAGUCAAAGGGUAGAACUCAUGUGCAGAUAGACCGGGAAGUCAUCGAGCAGCUCCGGGACUUUUAUAGGCCUUUUAAUAUCAAAUUCUAUGAGAUGGUGGGACAAGACUUUAGGUGGGAUUGAGAAUCUGAUUUUUUUUAAAGAGCAGGUGAUAUAUGCUUAUUGAAAUGGAUACCUCAGUGGAGUCAUUCGAUUGAGGACACCUUAAAGUAAAUCCAAUUGCUCUUCAUGUUUGAAAAUACAGUGCGAGUUUAACAAGGCGUGUGUAAUCUGCAUCUACCUUCAAAACCUUUGAUAUAACUUCCUAGUUCCUACUUUAACAUCAUGCCGGUUUUGUUAACCAAAUAAAAUAGAAAUAUAUGCUGCCAUGCCAUUUAAUCUCACAAUUAGUAUUUGUCAUACACUAAAUUGUGUUUCUUCACAAAGUCCUAUUUCUUUUACAACAAUGUACCAUGUCAAUUGUUCCAACUCAAUGGACAACAAUAAAGAGUAUAUAGUGACAGCUGAGAUUUGUUGUAACAUGUCUAUACUAUGCUACGGUAUGAUCACAGCCCUGACAAAGCUAUAGUAUGUGAACUUGGCAUAAAAUGUGUAUCAUAAAGGCAUUCUUGCAAAUUAAGACAAUAAUGAAUGUAAAAACUGUUAAUGGAAUGUCCUCAUGCAUAUUAUCGUAUCAAAUCAUGGGCAUUAUGAUGAUAAUUGGAAGCAUCUGUCUUUUCAGCAUCACACAGAGAAGAG